AUGGUGUUGGUGGACGACUCCUGGAACGACGUGUUGAGCAUUCCCUUCAACGUUCCACUGACCAGCGCGGCGUCCUUGGAAAUGAGAAAUUGGAACCCGUCGUUGGAAAUUAGCGUCACCCGGCUGCUGUUCGACCUGGAGUGGCAAGACGUUAAUGUAGAGCACUCGCUCGUGGCCAUUGCGCCGUAUGGGGCCGCAAUUGCCGUGUAUAGUCUCGACCUGGAGGGCUCGAUAGAGGUUUACACCGGGUCGGGGGCGAGUGUGAUGACGAUUGCGUGGCCCGCCAAGCUUGGCGAGGUAGCAUAUCUUGGCUGGACACAGGAUUUCCAGCUCAUCGUGGUGUUGCGUCACGGCAAGUACCGUGUCUACACCGACUAUAAUGGGGAUUUUGAGGAGUACGAGAUAGGUUCCGAUGUGAUUGAGGUUAGUUUCAUGAAAAAUGGGUUUGUGGCGCAAACUUUGGCUGGUUUCAAACACAUUGUGUACCAUGACCACACAGUGAUAGAUCUGUUCAACGUGGAGGAGAACAACGUGGGAUGGAACGUUGUACCAGCAGUGUUUAAUUCUGAGUUGAAAGUGAUUGUUUCGACGAAAGAUGCACUCAUAGUGAACGGCGAGUCUGUUCAGAACUCAGAGGUGCUCAAGUAUGGGCCGUUCAGGUUUGUUUCAGCUGCACCUAAUGGAGACUUCGUUGCUUUGUAUGGAGCAGACUCGGAAACAGUUGAGUGGUGUGGCAACGACGCCGUUAUUGUGUGCUAUGCCGAUGAGAUGCUACUGAUUGGCCCGUCCGACGAGUCGAUCACUUUCUAUCUCGACUCGUUCACGCGACUGCGGCCAGAACUAGACGGUUUGCUCUAUCUCGACCAGGACCAUCUCCAGUUUGUCUCCCGUGUGAGCAACUACACCGCAGAAACGUUCCGCAUUGGGUCCACGUCUCCAAGUGCCAUUCUACUCGACGCCAUUGACCAGAUCGACCACCAGUCGCCCAAAGCCAACGAAAAUUUGGAAAUCAUCAGCACAGAGCUGUCGGACGCGGUAGACCAUUGCAUCCGUGCGGCCGCCGAAGAAUUCGACUCUUAUUGGCAGAAGAAAUUGCUAAGGGCCGCUUCGUUCGGGAAAACCACCCUUGAAAUGUACAACGCCGACGAGUUUGUCGAGACAUGCGACAACCUGCGGAUCCUCAACAUUAUCCGCCAGCCAGAGGUUGGCAUUUUCCUCACAUACAUCCAGUUCACUGAACUCGGCCUUGACAGACUGAUCGACCUGCUGCUUCUGCGCAAACAGCACUAUCUGUGUUUGAAAAUAGCAGACUUUAUGGAUCUGCCAAAGGACAACAUCUACAUCAAUUGGGCAUGUGAGAAAAUACGACUUUCAGAGCUGAACAACGAAGACAUGCUAGCGGACAUCCUGAAGCAUCUCAAAGGCAAGUUUGUUUCGUAUGCUCAGAUCUCGCAGGUCGCUUAUGUUGAAGGGCGGUCCGAUCUGGCUACCAAACUAUUGAGUCUGGAAACUGACGUGACCAAGGCCAUUCCGUUGCUUCUCCAAAUGGGACAGGACGCUUCUGCAUUGAACAAAGCCGACGAGAGCAUGGAUCUGGACUCAAUAGUGUACGUUUUGGUGAGUCUGAUGAACAAGGUGACUCGCGCCGACUUUCUCAAAAUGCUCAACCGCAAAGCCAGCGUGUCUGGGGUGUUUUUGACACUGCUUGCGUCGAAAGAUCUCCAGCUUCUGGGAGAUUACUACUACAAAGAGGACUCGAUCAUCGGAUUGAGUUUGGUUGAGCUGAACAAACUGGAUACCGCGACAGACAAGCAGAAAGAGCGCCAGUUGCUCAACAAGGCGUCGCAGACUCUUGCUAGAUCCAAAUUCACUAGCUCCGAGUCCAAAUGGCUCAAAGAGGAAGCAAAGAACGUGGACUUAAAGGCCAAGCUCGAACAGGAACUGGGUAUCGAGGCAUCCUCGUCGUUUGAGCUACUAGAGGCCAUCAUUAGAGUGGACUUGAAACGUGCUACCAAGGUGCAGAAGGACUUGAAGAUAUCCGACAAACAGUUCUACUACAAAGUACUCAAGACCUACGCACAGAUCCCAGACAAACGCAGAGAGCUGUACGACUUUGCAGUGCAAAAGCAGUCGCCGAUCGGGUACGAGCCUUUCUAUCUGGAGUCACUGAAAGUUGGCGACAAACGGCACGCGUCCAUUUAUCUAAGUCACUGCAACAGCAUGCCGUACAAGACGAAAGUGCAGUGCUACAUCAACUGCGACGACUACAAGAGCGCGAUUGAAGAAGCGUACAAGCGCAAGGACGUUGAGACGAUCUCGUUGAUCAAGGGACUCACCGAGAACACCCUGGACUCUGUGGAUUCGUUGUUGAGCUUGCGUGUUUUCAACGGCUGUCUGUUGGACUCGAAAAGCGUUUCUGACUUGAUUGGGGCUGUAGAUCCUUUAAACUUAAGACUGGCCACCAGCUGUUUCUUAUCGGUUGUUGCGGCCAGCCGCGACGGAUUGAGGGCAAGGUGGUCUGCUUCGAGUCCCAGAGGGUUGAUAUCGACCGUGCCGUCGGCAUAG